AUGGACGGUCACCAAAAAGAGGGUGAAUGGACGGAGGUAAGAAGAAGGAGAAAACCAACAUCGAUUCCAGGCGAUGAGACUACGUUUUACGUCUCAAACAUCCCCCACGGUGCAUGGAUAGCGGAGAUAAGACAAUUAUUCACAAAACAUGGAGAAGUGGUUGAUAUUUAUAUAUUAGCCAAAAAGAAUAGCAAUGGCAAACAUUUUGCUUUUGUGAGAUUUAGACAGGUGAUGGAUGUGAAAGCACUGGAAGUGGCAUUGCAAGGAAUUAGAUGCAGAGACAAAGUUCUGGAGGUUAAUCUGGCAAAGCAUCCACGAAAGCUGAUUAGUCCCUUGGAGAGGAAAAAAACAUCCAUUCGCAUGCAAAACCAAUUCCGGCCUCCUCAAAACAAUUUCAAUGGACUCAGAGACUAUCGUUCCUUCGCCCAAGUAGCUGCAACUAGAAGAUAUGCUCAGCCUGCAACAAGGCAACCAAUCCAACCCCCUGCCCCACCUCCACCUCCCCCUGUCCCUCCUCCACCUACACCACCCAUCUUGAUAAAGCCGAUACAGUCAUGGACAAUGGAAUCAGAUGACGAUAAUGAUGCUGUCGAUUUGGAAGGGGAGGACGAAGAGGAAGCGGUCUCAGAAACAUGGAUGCAUGAUGAUGUAGAUGGUCCGGAUGAGGGAGAAUUCAGACCCAGAAAAGACAAGGAUGAUCCUCCGGUAAUCGGAAACAGAUUCGGAGAUGAAGACGCUGGAAAAACUCCGACAACGGUGACGGAGACAGUCGGGCGAUCAGAUGUGAAUGCGUCCUCUGGAAUCCCAACGAUUCUAAUCAUCGGUGUUCCAAGAUUCGAGGAGCCAGCCUUGGAAAAAGUGGAAAAUCCCAACGGUCCAUUCCCAGUUACAAUCCCCUUGGGUUGCUUUGGUACAUUCCCUACCAAUACCGCCCCAAUUAAUUUUUCGGCCCAAGCUGAGUGUGUUGGGAAAGCCCAUACCGAUAGUGCAGGUGCCAAGAGGAAAAGAAAAAUACUCAAGCGUUCAGGACAUAAGUCAACCCCACCGAUCAAAUUAAUCACUCCUCACCUGGAAAACACAUUUGACGAGCCGCUGCAACCUAAUUUUGCCUCCAGCUGGACCUCAACAAAUUCUCUCGGUUUGAAUAGAAAUCCAACCUUGCAUUCAUCAAAUGGGAUCGAUUUAGAGAGCUGCAAUGUACUUACUAAUUCCCAGGAACUUGAAGCCAUAGCGGAAGUGGGUGUUGCGGUGGGUUUUCAAAUUGAACCCAACGAUGCGGCUCCUUGUGAGGUCAUGGGUGAAUCAGGUGACAAUAUCUGUAAUCAAUGA